AUGUCAGCUGUUCGUGAAAAAAGAAAGAAAGAAAGAAAGAAAGAAAGAAAUACUUUAGUUAGUUUAAUGAUGAAUAAUAAUAAUAAUAAUAAUAACAGUCCAAAUAAUAAUAAUCUUAAUAGUCCUAUUAAUAAUAAUAAUACAUUAUCAAAUAGUCCAAACAAUAACAAUACUAAUAAUGUCAACAACAGUCCAAACAACAAUAACAAUAACUUUUUACAAGGUGGAGGAGGUAUGAAUAGUUUAAGUUCAAUGAUGAUGCCCAACAGCAACAAUAUGAAUAGUAAUUUGAAUGGCGGCAUCGGAGGAGGAGGAGGCAUGGGAGGAUAUUCCUCCAACGCCAAUACCAAUAUGAUGGGUAAUUAUAACAUGAACAUGAACAUGAAUCAAAUGAAUAGUAAUUUGAAUGGCGGCGUAGGCAGCGGCAUGAUGGGAGGAGCAGCAGUAGGAUUAGGUCUAGGAAACUUUAACAACAUGAACAAUAACAUGAAUAAUAACAUGAACAACAAUAUGAAUAAUAAUAUGAAUAAUAACAUGAAUAAUAAUAUGAAUAAUAAUAAUAAUAGUAACAACAAUAAUAAUAGACGUAAUAAUAAUAACAAUAAUGGAGGACCAAAAGUUGAAGGACCAGUAUUGUACAAAGAUGCAAAUGGUAAAGUAGUAGGAGAAAAAGAAAAACCAGGUCGUACCUUGUUUGUUAGAAACAUUGCCUACAAUGUAAAGGAAGAUGAAAUUGUUGCCAUGUUUUCCAAAUACGGUGAAAUCAGAAAGAAAUUCUCUGCCAUUGAGAAUAGAGGUAUUUCUUUUAUUACUUUUUAUGAUAUUAGAGAAGCAGAGGCAGCCAAAAAUGAUGUCCAAGGUAUUAUUUUACAAGGUAGAUCCAUUGAUGUUCAUUUUUCAAUUCCAAAGAAUCAAAGUGAUGAGAGUGCAUUUUCAGGUUAUAUUUUAGUAAAGAAUAAUACUAUUCCUAUGAAUGAGUUGAGAACUUUCUUUAGUACCUAUGGUGAUUUAAAGGAUGUAACUGAAUACAAGAAUGGACAACUAUUGGUUGAGUUUUAUGAUACUAGAGCAUGUGACAAGGCAAUGAAGGAAGCACAUGGACAAGAAUUAGCAGGCCAAUCUCUUGAUCUUGGUAGUUGGGCACCAAAGGAAACUCCAACCAUUAUUGAUGCAUCUGAUGGAAUGAUAAAGGAACAUAGAGGUGGUCGUGGUGGAGGUCGUAACAAUAACAACAACAAUAACAAUAAUAACAAUAAUAAUAACAACAAUAAUAAUAAUAGAGGUGGAAGUGGACCAAUGAGAAAUAAUUAUCAAUCAGAUCGUAACCAAGAAUAUAAAAAUAAUUCAAGAAGAGGUGGUGGAGAUGACAGAUAUAAUAACAACAAUAAUAAUAAUAAUAAUAAUAGUAACCAAAAUUUCAACAAUAAUCAAAACUUUAACCAAAACAACUUUGGAUCUGGUGGAUUUAAUAGUGGAUACAAUAACAAUAACAUGAACAACAACAACUACAACAAUAACAAUAUGAACCAAAACUAUAACAACAAUUACAACAAUAUGAAUAAUGGUGGUUUAGGUAUGAAUUCUGGAGGAGCCAUGAUGGGUAAUGCUGGUGGUAUGUUGAAUAUGAUGAGCAAUGGUGUCGGAUUUGGAGGAGCAGGUGGAUUCAUGGGAGGAGGUGAUAUGAGCCAAUUCGGAGCAUCAAACAAUAACAUGAAUAUGAACAUGAUGAACAACAACUCAAAUUUCAAUGCCGGUGGUAGUGGUGCCAACUCAAUGAUGAAUAGUUUGUCCAUGAACAAUAUGAUGGGAGGUAACAAUAACUCCAAUUUGAACAUGAACCGAAACACAAUAGGAGGUGGUGCAGCAUUACCUAGUGUAGGAGGAGGAGUAGGAGUAGGUGUAGGUGUAGGAGGAGGUUUCCCCGAUCAAUUCAACAGUGGUAGCGGUGUAGGAGGAGGAGGAAAUGACGGCUUCCCAGUAAACGAUGAAGCCAACAAGCAAGAAUUGUUGGCAAAGAUUAGCAGACUUGCUCAAACUCUCAAAGUACCACCUUUCAACAAUAACUGGAGUAAUCAAAACAAUAAUACUAACAACAAUAACAAUAACAAUAAUAAUAAUUCCACCUCUCCCUAUCAACCAACUGUUUGA